AUGAGCGAGGAAGAGUCUUGUAAAAUACUUAUUUGUGGUGAUGUUUGUGGACAGUUUAAGACUCUUUACACCAGAAUCAGAAGAGUGCUUGCUGCAGCUGGCUCCUUUGAGGCCUUAUUUUGCGUCGGUGACUUCUUCGGCGAAAAUGGGGAAGAAUUUGAAAAAAUAUGUGAGGAUCCUUCAACAAUUCCCAUCAUGACAUAUGUUUUAUGUCUUGCCACACCAACCGCUCUUCGAUUUAUAACCGACUUGAAUGGGUGUGAAUUGUGUCCGUCAAUAAAAUAUCUUGGCCAACAGGGAACGUACACAACAAUAUCUGGACUUCGGAUCGUUUACGUUAGCGUUAGUCCAAAUGUUGAAGCAGAUUCAGACACGUGGGUCACCGAAUUUCCGUCACUUGAAGCAGACCCCUCCUUCAGUGGAGUCGACUUGUUGCUCACAUGUCAAUGGCCUGCAUACAUCGUCCCCUCAAACGACCCGCUUUCUUCCAAAGUGGCUGAUCAAACCUCCCUGUGUGUCGCCCAUAUUGCGAAGUCUGUUAAACCACGGUACCACUUUGUUGCCACAAAUGGUGUGUUUUAUGAGCGCAAGCCAUACAGAAAUCAUCGAGUUCUUCAGGAAAAGGAGAAACUCGUCACUCGAUUCAUUGCUUUGGCUAAGGUUGGCAACAAGGGGAAUGCAAAGUAUUUGUAUGCCCUAAAAGUCAAGCCGGUGGAUAAAAUGUCUCAAAUCGAACUUUGCGCACAGCCCCCAGAUGUGACAGACAAUCCGUAUUUUGAUACCCUUGAAAGGACUACGGUAGCAAAACCCAAGGAGACGGAGGUCCAAACCGAGCAGUAUUUCUACGCCACAAGCAAAAAGCGGGCCGCUGAUGGCGAUAACGAUCGAAAACGCACAGAUUGGAAGCUGAAGAAGUAUGACAGUCCUCAUUUCACCGAAAACACCCCCAAAGUUCACGAUGCUUGUUGGUUCUGCCUGGGCAAUCCCCAAGUGGCAAAGCACCUCCUUGUUACCAUAGCAACACACGCCUACCUGGCCUUGCCGCGUGGGCCUCUAGUCAAGGACCACGUACUCAUUUUGACAGUGGGACACCAUCAGAGCUGGUUGACCUGCUCUGAGGUUGUGCAGGCCGACAUUGAGGCCUACAAAAGCAGUCUGCGGGCCAUGUUCAAGGAAGAGGGCAAGGUGAUGGUCACCUUUGAGCGCAACUACAAGACGCACCACUAUCAGCUUCAGGUGGUGCCAGUGCCAUUUGCUGUGGCAGGAGAAGUAAAGAAGGCCUUCCUCGAAAUGUCCGAGAGUCUGCCCAACUCACCCUGCAAGCUGGAGCAGCUGCCCAGGUCCUCAUCGAUUAGUGACUUCUGCAAGCCAGGCAUCCCCUACUUCUACGUUGAGCUUCCAACCGGUGAAAAGCUGUUUAACAAGAUCGAGAGGGACCGGGUCUCCUCGUCGGAUGUCAAUUUCGGCCGCGCCGUACUAGCCUCCGAGGCCAUUUUAAAUUGUCCGGAACGGGUGAACUGGCGGGAGUGUACGGAGAGCGAAGAGGUGGAGACUCAACUGGCUGCCGAAAUGCGCUCCAAAUUCGCCGCCUUCGAUUUUACCUGA